AUGGAAUCCACCAUCCACAUCCCAGCACUCAGUCUGGCAACAGGAGAAGCAAGCUCAAGCUCCCACUUCAUUAGACUGGCCGGCUCUCAGACUCUCUGCUUCCUCGAGCUGCAAGGUGCUAUACAGAAGCUUGACCCAGCGGAAACAAGGCUAGGUAAGCUUGUCGAGGAGCCAGAUGGCAGAAUAUUCCUCUAUGUCGGUUAUCAAAAGAUGGAGGGCAAGCUUAUCAAGCUCAAAAAGCCCUUUGCCGUGCUGAAACGGCCAACAUCUGCCGCGCCAUCAGCAUCAGACAACGACGCGGUCAUGUCGAGCCAAAUCAUGUCGUCCCAGGUACAGAAAGAGACUAGCGAAUCCUUCAACCUGGAACUCGUUGAUAUUGUCACAAAGAAGAUCUACUUUGGACAACGGCCAGAACCACUCGGGACACUGGAAAACACAUAG